GUGCAUUGCCACAUUUAAUCUCAUUUCCUUCGUUCAUCUCACUGCCAACGCUAACUUUUCUUCUUUCUCUCUCUCUCUCUGCAUUUCACUGAUUAAACACAUGGAGAACCGACACCACCGUGAAUUGACCUUUUUAAGCUCCGGCGGCGACUUCCUCAAUCCCCCUUUCGAUCACACAACCCGCGACACCGAUCCUCCCAUCAAAGAAAUGGACUUCUUCUCAUCAUCACCUUCAUCUCCGGCUACUCAUAAAACCAACAACACCAAUCAUAUCAACCAUGUUGGACUUCAAGAUCACACUCAUCCACAAGGAUCACCCCCACACGUCUCUCAUCACCCUGUAAACACCGGACUGAAUUUAACUUGUGCAAGUACUGGACUCACAAAAGAAGAAAAUGGUGAAAAUCAUGAAGCUGAGCUGAGUUCCAUUGAAAGUCAAUUGCGGAGACUACAGGAAGAGAAUCGUAAGUUGAGAACUGUGCUGGACCAGAUUACUAGAAGCUACACCCAACUCCAAGCUCAGUUAUUCAUCACUCUGCAGAAACAAAAGCUUCCUCAGGUGGAUUUAUUAUCCAUAGAUUUUCUGCAUUUAAAUUUUCUACCUUAGAUUGAUUCAUCUUUUAUCUUUCGAAACCAAGAACUAAAUUGAAAAUGGUAUUCUCAUCUUACAUUAGAUCACCUUUUUUACGGGUUGC